AAACCAACGUCUUAUUCUCUCUUUCUCUUCUUCCUUUCAAAGAGCGUUUCAAAAAAGUCCAAAUACAUUCUCUCUCUUCCAAUGGCCUUCAACAAUGGCGUCCCUGCCACCGGCACCGGCCUGAUCGCCAGCUUCGGCGAGAUGCUCAUCGACUUCGUUCCCACCGUCUCCGAAGUCUCCCUGGCGGAGGCUCCUGGCUUCCUAAAGGCACCCGGCGGCGCCCCCGCUAAUGUCGCCAUCGCAGUCGCGAGACUCGGCGGCAAGGCCGCCUUCGUUGGAAAACUCGGUGACGACGAGUUCGGCCACAUGCUCGCCGGAAUCCUGAAGGAGAACGGAGUCCGCGCCGACGGGAUCACCUUCGACCAGGGCGCCCGCACCGCUCUGGCGUUCGUGACCCUACGCGCCGACGGAGAGCGUGAGUUCAUGUUCUACCGAAACCCCAGCGCCGACAUGCUCCUCCAACCUGAAGAACUCAACCUCGAACUCAUCAGAUCUGCAAAAGUUUUCCAUUAUGGAUCAAUUAGUUUGAUCGUGGAGCCAUGCAGAUCAGCACACUUGAAGGCAAUGGAAGUUGCCAAAGAAGCUGGGUGCUUGCUCUCCUAUGACCCCAACCUCCGUCUCCCCUUGUGGCCCUCGGCCGAUGAAGCUCGUAAGCAGAUACUCAGCAUAUGGGAGAAGGCUGAUUUGAUCAAGGUCAGUGAUGUGGAGCUCGAGUUCCUCACAGGAAGUGACAAGAUUGAUGAUGCUUCUGCUUUGUCAUUGUGGCACCCCAAUUUGAAGUUGCUCCUUGUCACUCUAGGAGAACAGGGUUCCAGAUACUACACCAAGAAUUUCAAAGGAUCGGUAGAUGCUUUUCAUGUCAACACUAUUGAUACAACUGGUGCCGGCGAUUCCUUUGUUGGUGCUCUGUUGUCCAAGAUUGUCGAUGAUCAGUCCAUCCUUGAAGUGAGUGCUCAGCUACCGCAUCCCCUAAAUAACUUAUUUUAUACUAAUUUAAUAAUCUUGAUAAAAUCAAAGCGAUAUUUGUACGGAUCCCGUCAAAUUGAUGAUCGAUCAAAUUUUUACCUAUUGAUUGCAGGAUGAAUCAAGGUUAAGAGACGUACUCAAGUAUGCUAAUGCAUGUGGAGCAAUUACAACUACCCAAAAGGGAGCAAUUCCCGCCCUUCCCAAAGAGGAGGAUGCACUGAAACUGAUCAAAGGGGCAUAGAAUCUUUGGACAAAAAUACUCAACCUUUUCGUUUUCUUCCCCCGAUGUUUCAAUUUUCCUCAUGUUUCUGUCGGAUUUGCUUACGAGGGAAUGCCUCUUGAUUUUCUUUUUAGUAUUUUGUUUUUCUUCCUAUGUACUCUGGUGGCGAGAUCAUGGGUUUUCAGGUUUUGCCGAAUAACGUUUUCUAUGAAGUUUUGAGAAUUAGCAAUUGAAUGAGAAUUAGCUCAGCCCACAGUUGCAACUUUAA